GAAAGGGAGAAGUAAGCUGCCAGUGUUCUCCAGCAAAUGGCUCACGAAGGUAUUGAGAUCGUUGGGGCAGGAGACGACGUGCGCUUGAAUAACCACCUCGAGGCCAAAGGAAUGGGCGAAACCGCUGGUGGGGGGAAUGGAAUUGAGGAGUUGCCAUCGGCUUCAUUGCAGAAUGGAGUCUGUGGAUCCGUUUCGUUUGCUCCUUUUGCAUGAUUCCACCAAUUUUUCUUCCAUUGGAAGACUGCAAAAUGGAACAGAGCUUUGCUUUUGUAGAUUCGGAGGAAUGGGCUAUGUAGGAAAACCACUACAUUUUAGUCCUUCAGCUUUCAAGCAAUCCCUCCUAUUAUUUUGUAAGGCCUUUCUCAAUUCAAUUGUGCACGUUGAGGGCCUAUAUAUACAUUCAUAUAUAGUCAUUAUUAAUUAAUACACAAUAUGAAAUAUU